AGCUGCGCUGGGUAACGGCCGCGGCGACCGCCCGGACGGCGCCCGUGCCCGCCGGCGGGCUUCCCCGUCGCUGUUCGCUGCGCUGCCGGCUUCUUGGUGGAUAUUUGGAUGAAGCCAUUAAAUUAAUUGCUUGCCAUCAUGAGCAGAAGCAAGCGUGACAACAAUUUUUAUAGUGUAGAGAUCGGAGAUUCUACAUUCACGGUCCUGAAGCGAUAUCAGAAUUUAAAACCUAUAGGUUCUGGAGCUCAAGGAAUAGUCUGUGCAGCUUAUGAUGCCAUUCUUGAAAGAAAUGUUGCCAUCAAGAAGCUAAGCCGGCCGUUUCAGAAUCAAACUCAUGCUAAGAGGGCCUACAGAGAGCUGGUUCUUAUGAAAUGUGUUAAUCACAAAAAUAUAAUUGGCCUUUUGAAUGUUUUUACACCACAGAAAUCUCUAGAAGAAUUUCAAGAUGUUUACAUAGUCAUGGAGCUCAUGGAUGCGAAUCUUUGCCAAGUGAUUCAGAUGGAACUAGAUCAUGAAAGAAUGUCCUACCUUCUCUAUCAGAUGCUGUGUGGAAUCAAGCACCUUCACUCCGCUGGAAUUAUUCAUCGGGACUUAAAGCCCAGUAAUAUAGUAGUAAAAUCAGACUGCACUUUGAAAAUCCUUGACUUUGGACUGGCCAGGACUGCAGGAACAAGCUUUAUGAUGACGCCUUAUGUGGUGACUCGCUACUACAGAGCGCCUGAGGUCAUCCUGGGCAUGGGCUACAAGGAGAACGUUGACAUUUGGUCAGUUGGGUGCAUCAUGGGAGAAAUGAUCAAAGGUGGUGUUUUGUUCCCAGGUACAGAUCAUAUUGAUCAGUGGAAUAAAGUUAUUGAACAGCUGGGAACACCAUGUCCUGAGUUCAUGAAGAAGCUGCAGCCAACAGUAAGGACUUACGUGGAAAACAGACCUAAGUAUGCCGGAUAUAGCUUUGAGAGGCUCUUCCCCGAUGUGCUUUUCCCAGCUGACUCGGAACACAACAAGCUUAAAGCCAGUCAGGCAAGGGAUUUGCUCUCUAAAAUGCUGGUGAUAGACGCAUCUAAGAGGAUCUCUGUAGACGAAGCUCUCCAGCACCCGUAUAUCAAUGUCUGGUACGAUCCCUCUGAAGCAGAAGCUCCACCACCAAAGAUACCUGACAAACAGUUAGACGAAAGGGAACACACGAUAGAAGAAUGGAAAGAAUUGAUAUACAAGGAAGUGAUGGAUUUGGAAGAAAGAACCAAGAAUGGAGUUAUACGAGGGCAGCCCUCUCCUUUAGGUGCAGCAGUGACCAGUGGCUCUCAGCAUCCAUCGUCAUCGUCGUCUGUCAAUGAUGUGUCUUCAAUGUCAACAGACCCGACUUUGGCCUCGGAUACAGACAGCAGUCUGGAAGCCCCAGCUGGGCCUCUGGGCUGCUGUAGAUGACUACUUGGGCCUUGGGGGGUGGGAGGG